AUGACAACCCAAGAAGUAAAAGCAUGGACGUACACAGCGGGUUUCGCUUCGCUAAAGCAGAGCACCAUCAAUCCAGCGACAGCUUCAUCCUUCCGGGACACGGUUGACGGGACUCUUCAUAUACUAUUGCAGAUCCAGGCGUGCGCCCUCAACCCAGUCGAUGUUCAGAUCGCCAAUCUACCCAACUUGCCGUGGAAGCCCAAGCAAGAGAAGGGAAUUGUCUGUGACUUCAGCGGUAGAGUGCUUGCUGGGGAGAGCGCGGGCUUCAAGGCUGGAGAUGAGAUAUUCGGCUUGACAUUAAACCCUGUAGUGCCCAAUGGAGGCGCGUUGGGCGAGGUCGCGGACUUUGGUAUGGACAAGUGUGUUGCCGUCAAGAAGCCGAGAGAAUGGAGCCACGAGAAGGCAAGCGCGAUUAGCCUUGUGUGGUUGACGAGUAAAGCUUGUAUCGAGUCAGUCGAGCAGUAUGUCGAAAGCAGCCGGAACAAGCGAGUGGCCAUACUGGGUGGCAGCAGCGCUACGGGCAUCUACAACAUCAUCUUGGCCAAGCGGAAGGGUUGGACUGUUGCUUCGACGUCCUCUGGUCGGAAUAAGGAUUUCGUAAUCAACGACCUGAAAGCCGACAAACACAUCGAUUAUACCUCCGAAGACGUGCGUGGAGCUUUGCUGGAGUUCGCUCCGGAUGCUGUGAUCGACUGUGUCGGUGGCACCGAAGCGGUUGGUCUACCUAGUAGUAAACGCUUCACCACCAUUGUCGGCGAUAAGACUGGACGAUCUUCGAUGGGAGGCCCCUUCACUUACUUCGACAUUUUUGCGCCUCAACGAGCAGCAGCACAAUGGCUGCGAUGGGGCAAAGGAGCUCUCGGACUGGGAGAGAGCUAUGAUGUUAUAAUCUUGGGGAUGAAGGCGGAAUGGCUGGAGGAAGCAAAGACGACGCUGACUGAGGAUGACAUCUAUAUCGACAGCGUGUUUGAUUUCGACAAGGCUAAUGAGGCAUUCGAGCGACUGAACACUGGUAGGGCUAGAGGAAAGGUCGUGGUUAGAGUUGCGAAGUAG